AUGGUCGGCAACGCGUCUGGAUCUCCAUGUACAGUAGCGAAGCCUUGUGCGAGGCUAUCUAUUGCUAUCGGCGUGGCAGGCAAGGACCGCAUAGGUGGCUCAACCCUCUCACCUAUUCCCGAGAGAUGCGAUGACGAGGAUGCUUGCUGCGCGCGCCUCACGCGUACGAAAUCGAUACGACCACUACCACCCACACCAAAGCCCGCUCCCCAGAUCCGACGUCUCCCACCCCGGCCUCUACCUCCCUGUCCUCCUGUACCCUCCAUAACUGUCAUCCCUCCUACCCCCUCGUCGCCUAGCUCUAUUUUCGCGCCCGAAACACAUAACGAAACAUCCGAAACUCCACUUCUUCUAACAUCCGCAUCCCCUAUACAUCGACCGCCUGCGCUGGUCGUGCUAACCUCUCCUGACGCACUGAAGCCGUCCAACCGAGAUUCCCAAUGCAUAACACCCCUCACACCCUCCAUACCUCAAGCUCCGACACCCACCACAGCACGGCGGAAACGUUUGUCAAAACUCCGGCGCCAUCUAGGCGAAACGAUACCAGAUGAGCUUAUUCUCGGAAAUAAGCUCCUUCCUCCGAUGUCGAAGCAGUCUGAGCUUGAUAUCGAAAUUGUCAGCGUAUCCCACUCUGAGUUGUGUUUUGCACGAUCGAUGAAAUCGCCGGGUUCGAUGGAUUCGAAUAGUGUGAGUACGAGUGAGGAGAGUGAAGAGUUGGACACUCUGGAGGAUGAUGAGGAUGAGGGCAUUGGUAUCGUGUCAGCUGAAGACUUAGACGAGCAUGAGUGGUUCCAAGGGACUGUUUUCAAAGCUGUACAGCCGCGACGGUAUAGCCAGCGGUGGUAUUUAGAGAAGGGCGGGAAGCGGUGGGAGGAUACCGACUAUACGGAUAUUCUCAGUCGCUUACGAUCCCUAUAG